AUGACAGAUAACAGUGAAUAUGAACAGUUUCUUCAAACACAUGAAUUUCAACUUGUUCUUAAUAAUAUUCCAAAACAUUUCUAUCGACGUUUAUAUGAAAAAAUGAAAAAUGAAAUAUUUGAUAGUGGAUCAUAUUUUCAAUUAUGUCCUGUUGAUGAUGAUGAUGAGGAUUUAGAAGAAGUUUUCAAUCCGGAACGUCGAUAUUAUGUAUCAACAUUAGAAAAUGUUGUAUUGGAUCCUAAUAAUGAUGAAAAUGCGAUAUUUCUUAUUGAUCAUGCCUGGACAUAUAGGAUAAAAGAAGCAAGAAGUAACUUAAUAAAUAUACCAAAUUUAUAUGAACGUAUGGCUGCAUUAAUGAAUAUUGAUACAGAAACAAAAGAAGAUGGAAUUGAACUUAUUUUACAACGUAUGUGGAAAUAUAAUCAAACAUAUACAAUGACAUCAACACAAAUUGAUCCACAAAAAGAUUGUGAAGAAGCAUAUGAACCUUUUUGGUAUAUAAUGGAUGAAUUAGGUUCAUCAAUACGUCAUUCCAGUACAAAUGCAAAUGUUUGUUGUACAUCAUUUUUCUUUGCACCAAGUCAAACAAUGUUUUCACUUUUCUAUCCAAUUGUUCGUAUUGAUCAACCAUAUUCGGAAAUUUUUCGAAAUUUUGUUUAUGAUAAUAAUGAUACACUUGAUCGUAAUAUUCGAUUAUUAAUAUGGCGACAUAUAAAUGAUCGAAAAUUAAUACUUCGAAAUUUAAUGAUUGAGAAUAGUCCAGAAUUAUUCAAUAAGAAACUUGAAAAUAAUAUCGAAGUAUAUGAAAAAUGUCAUAAAAAUGAUCUUUAUGAUAAAAAACCGAUUAAAAUUGAAGGAAUAAAAAUUGAUCCAGAUCGUAUUUGGAAAGUUUAUACAGAUCAUGAUUUAGUUACACAAUAUUUAACUGAUAAACAUUAUCAAUUAGUUGAUGAUCCUGAACAAGCAGAUCUUAUAUUUGUUAUGAAACAACUUCAAGAUUUUCGUCAUGAAAUUUUAGAAGAAAAAUUAAUCAAUCAAUUUCCAUUUGAAAAUCUCAUUACGAACAAAGAAUUAUUAGCACUUGUAGCUAGACGAUGGAAAUCAUUGAAUAAUUCAACAUCAACUGAUAGUGAUCCAUAUGUUGAUUCUCAAGGAAGUCCACCAUGGUUAGCAACAACAUUUAAUCUUACUUAUGAAUUAACUCAAUUUGCUGUUUAUUUUCAAUAUCGUGAAGAUCAACAUCUUGAUAAUACUUGGAUAAUCAAACCAAUAAAUUUAACACGUUCAAUCGAUAUGUCAGUAACAAAUUCAUUGGAUAUGAUUCUCCGUCUACCUGAAUCCGGUCCAAAAAUUGCAUGCAAAUAUGUUUAUUCACCUGUUCUAUUAAAAAUACCUGAAAUGGAAGGUAAUGGAGUGAAAUUUGAUGUUCGUUAUGUUUUGCUUUUACGUAGUAUUCGUCCAUUAAAAUUAUAUGUUCAUAAAAUUUUUUGGCUUCGUUUUGCAAAUAAACCAUAUUCAUUAAAUGAACUUGAUGAUUAUGAAACACAUUUUACUGUAAUGAAUUACCGACCAAAUGCAUUCUUACGACAAAUGAAUUGUGAAACAUUUAUAUCAAUGUAUAAUGAACAACAUGGGCAUAAGGAAGAAACAUGGUCUAUUGUUGAACAACGUAUAUUUCAAAUGUUUAGAGAAAUAUUUCAAUGUGCAACUAUAGAAGAAGCACCAUUGGGUAUUGAUUCAUGUUCAUCAUCACGAGCUUUAUAUGCAGCUGAUUUAAUGCUUGAUAUAGUUGAUAAUAAAGUACAACCAAAAUUAUUAGAAAUUAAUUUUACACCUGAUUGUCAUCGAGCUUGUACUUUCUAUCCGAAUUUUUAUAAUCAAGUUUUUAAUGUUCUUUUUCGUGAUACAACUGAUGAACAAGAUGUUAUAGAUAUUUCACAGUAA